ACAAACAGAUUAAAGAAGCACGACGUCGUUCCAAUUUUUGUUUUGGACGACAGCAGGCAGAGUUCCACGGUCGAGAUGUGGGUCCAGCCCCUUCCAGUGGUCUUGACGGUGAAGCCAUGGAGCUCUCCUCACGGCGGCAGCCGCACAACCGCCUCUCUUGUUUCCCAGAAUCCCAAUAUUCCAUCUGCAUCGACGCAGCAACUGCCGAUACUCCCAAAACCCACUUUCAAUUCAAGGACUCCAUCCUCCCAAGUCCCAAACGCAACCGCUGCUAUCUUCUUCUUCCUCCUCCUCUGCUAUUACUCCGUCCGCACAAACCGUCAAGCUCAGCGAAUUCGAUCCACCGCCGAGUUGGGCCUUCUCUCUCUCCUCUUCGUCCUCUCCACGGAUUCUGCGGCGGUUUUCUCCGUCGCUAUACUUUGCAUUCUAACAAUAAACGCUAUGAGAAGAUUGGCAGCUUCAGUGGACAAACUAUCCAAUGUGGUGUCCCGGGAGGUGCCCGGAAUGCUUUCUUCUCUCAAACUCUCCGGCGUUGAGAUCAACAACUUGGCCAAGCAGCUUGCCGCUCUCAGUUGCUGAUGAAGACUUGAGAGGAUUACCUGAAUGGUCCUACCGACAUUGACCGGGCAGGCUUCAGCAAAGAUAUGGUCGUCGAGCUGGGCGGGCUUCAAAUGGCUGAUGCUGAGGUGAAUCCCGGCCACCCUUUGGAAACCAGAGGCCAGGCGAGCUCCCAUGCUAGCCAGGGCCUCAGAGAUGAGCGCUGAUAUCCCUCCAUGUAGCACCUUGAAUGGCUGGUCUCAGCAGGAAAGAAUGGUAAGUAGUUAGUCAUAUAUGUUUUGUUUUGCUUCUGUAAUUAACAUCUUUCAGAAAUUUGAGCAGGAAAAGAUUCAUGAUAUGAAAAGAGAAAGAAGAUGAUGACCUGGACGCAGUUUUCGGUGACAUGGAGGCGACCAGAGACCUUGUUGAGGGUUAUCUCUUCAAGCUCGAACCCGAGCGCACCUAGUGGAGCAUCCAGAGUCGACGUCGUCGAUGGCGGCAAUAACGACGGCGCUGACGGCUGAGAUUGGGACUGAGAAGCCAUAUCUGUAGCAAACAUGACUGCGAAUAUAUUUAACUGACAUAUAUAUAUACUGGAUUUGGUUUGUGUAUUGUUUUUAGACGAUGAAACCAUAGCAAUCCAAAUUGCCCUUCGAUUAUUUA